CCAACAGAGAUAGGGUUUCGAUAGUCACCACCACCACUUCUGAUUACGCCGUGUCUCUGAUUUCACUUGGUCAAACAUCAUAAAGCUUUGCCGCCGUCACUUAUACGAAUUAACUGACCUCUUCAAUGGCGGAGGUAGAGGAGCUUGAGCACGAGGAGCAGAAUAUCGAGAAGAGAGUGAGGCAGAAAGGUAAACACGACAAGCCGAAGCCAUGGGAUGAUGACCCAAACAUCGACCGUUGGACAAUCGAGAAGUUUGAUCCGGCAUGGAAUCCCACCGGUAUGCUCGAAACCAGCUCAUUCUCCACUCUCUUUCCUCAGUACAGAGAGAAGUAUCUUCAGGAGUCUUGGCCAAGAGUUGAAUCUGCUCUCAAGGAAUACGGUGUCGCCUGCAAGCUCAACUUGGUUGAAGGUUCUAUGACUGUUUCAACGACGAGGAAGACAAGAGAUCCAUACAUCAUUGUCAAAGCUAGGGAUUUGAUUAAGCUUCUUUCCCGAAGUGUCCCUGCUCCUCAGGCUAUUAAGAUUCUCGAAGAUGAGAUGCAAUGUGAUAUCAUCAAGAUCGGUAGCUUGGUUAGGAAUAAGCAAAGAUUUGUUAAAAGAAGGCAGCGGCUUGUGGGUCCUAAUUCUUCUACCUUGAAGGCGCUGGAAAUAUUAACCAACUGUUACAUUCUAGUUCAGGGAAGUACUGUAGCCGCAAUGGGUCCAUUUAAAGGUCUCAAACAGCUCAGAAGGAUUGUGGAAGACUGCGUACAGAAUAAAAUGCAUCCUGUAUACCAUAUAAAGACUCUCAUGAUGAAAAAGGAACUGGAGAAGGAUCCAGCUCUUGCAAACGAAAGCUGGGAUAGGUUUCUUCCCACAUUCAGGAAGAAAAAUGUUAAGCAAAAGAAACCCAAAAGCAAGGAGAAGAAGCCAUACACACCUUUCCCACCCCCUCAACCACCUAGCAAGAUUGAUAUGCAGUUGGAGUCUGGAGAAUACUUUAUGAGUGACAAAAAGAAGUCAGAGAAAAAAUGGCUGGAGAAGCAAGAGAAACAGACAGAGAAGAGUACUGAGAACAAAAGAAAGAGAGAUGCCUCAUUCCUCCCACCUGAGGAGCCUAUGAACAACAAUAGCAAGGCAAACAAUUCAGAGGAUGGAAAGAAUGACAUAACCGAGCUAACACAGUCCUUGAAGAGCAAGACAAAGGAGUUGAAAAAGCAGAAAAAGACACACGAGAGAGUGAAUGCAGAGGAGUACAUUGCUGGUCCAUCUUCUAUUGAUAAACCUGCCAAGGAGAAGUCCAAAAAGAAUAGAGAUUAAUUCUAAAACCUGUUUUUUUUUAAAAAGAGAAAAAAGAUUGAAACUUAUCUUUGCUCAAAAGUCAAAACUGUGUAAACAAGUUAAAAAUCUUUAUUUUAGCCGUCAACUUACUUGAUUAA